AGGGAGAGAGAGAGAGAGCGAGAGAGGAGGGUUUCAGUUUGACCAGCUCCGCCUGAGUGGGUGGGGUUGGCUUAAAUUUUCUUGGUGGUUGGUGGACUCUUGAGCUCCGGGGCUGCUCAGAGACAGACCCUUUCUCUCCUCUCUCCUCAUCUCCACUUCCUCAAUCCUCUUUCUCACGCUUUCUUUCUCUCUCUCUCUCUUUGCAUAUAGAUACUAUUUUCUAUUCCUAUGUGUCUUCCCGAUGCCGUGGAGAGGGCAAAGAUUCCAGCUUGAUCGAUCGGUCGAUCCAUCCAUCCAAUAAUCACUUGCUCCGACCAUUCUUCGCUCUUCCAUUAGGUUCUGAUCGAUCCCCAAGUAUAGGGAUCUUGGGCUCGCAUCAAAUUCUGUAAGGAAUUUCACAAAGAGAGUUUUUUUAUGGGAAAAAGAGGAAGAAUUCAGAUCAGCUAAAAAAGGGCUCAGCACAAUGGGAGGAAUUUGCUCAAAGAGAUCAGCUGUGGACAAAUCUCCCAGCGAAACUACUCUUGACGCCAAUGGCCUAAGAGAUUCCGGGCCAAUGCCGACCCAUUCUUAUGACAAGAUGCAAUGCAAUCCCACAGUUCUGCCUAUCGGGAAAGCUGUUGAGAGUCGGCUGCAAGAACAAUCCUUCUCCAAUUCGACGGUGCCAAACUCAGGGAACAUCCUGACUGGUGCUGCAGAGGCUGAGCCGCAAUUGUCUAGGGCUUUGUCACAAAAAUCCAGGUCAACUAACUCAAAGCCCACUGGCUCUGCUAAAACUGGGACUACCAAGGUUUCAGAAGUGAGCUCAUAUUUAGGCAGGGCAGGUACUGUUGGGCUUGGGAAAGCAGUGGACGUAUUGGACACACUUGGUAGUAGCAUGACAAGUUUGCACCUUAGUAGUGCUUUUGUAUCAGCUACGACAACAAAGGGCAAUAAAAUAUCUAUUUUGGCCUUUGAGGUUGCCAAUACAAUAGUUAAAGGUGCCAAUCUUAUGCAGUCACUGUCAAAAGAAAACAUAAAACAUUUGAAAGAAGAGGUGCUUCCCUCAGAAGGUGUGCAACAUUUGAUAUCCAAAGAUAUGGAUGAGUUACUAAGGAUUGCUGCUGCUGACAAAAGGGAAGAAUUGAAAGUGUUCUCUAAAGAGGUUGUCCGUUUUGGAAAUCGUUGCAAGGAUCCUCAGUGGCAUAACUUGGAUCGUUAUUUUGACAAACUAGCAUCAGAACUUACGACUCAAGAACAGCUGAAAGAAGCAGAAGCAGUGAUGCAGCAACUGCUGACAUCAGUUCAUUAUACAGCUGAACUGUAUCAUGAGUUACAUGCCUUAGAUAGAUUUGAACAAGAUUAUCGGAGGAAACAACAAGAAGAGGAUAGUCCAAAUGCGGUUCAAAGAGGGGACAAUCUCCAAAUUCUAAGGCAAGAGUUAAAGAGCCAGAAGAAGCAUGUCAAAGGCUUAAAGAAGAGAUCACUUUGGUCCAAGAAUUUGGAAGAGGUCAUGGAGAAGCUUGUAGACAUUGUCCACUUCUUACAUUUGAAGAUUCAUGAUGCAUUUGGAAGUGCUGAUAGUGAUAAACCAGUUAAGGCAUCUGUCGACAGUCAUAAAAGAUUGGGUCCUGCUGGCCUGGCAUUGCACUAUGCAAAUAUCAUCAGUCAGAUAGACACUCUUGUUUCCCGGUCAGGUUCUGUGCCUCAAAAUACAAGGGAUACAUUGUACCAAGGAUUGCCUCCCAGUAUAAAAAGUGCUUUGCGAUCUAAAUUGCAAUUGUUUCAAGCCAAGGAAGAGCUUACUAUUCCUCAAAUAAAAGCAGAGAUGGAGAAAACGCUGCGAUGGCUUGUCCCAAUUGCCAAUAACACGACCAAGGCACACCAUGGUUUUGGCUGGGUUGGAGAGUGGGCAAACACUGGGUCUGAGGUUAAUCGAAAGCCAGCUGGGCAGGCUGACCUGAUCCGGAUUGAGACACUUCACCAUGCUGACAAGGAGAAGACUGAAGGAUACAUCCUUGACCUUGUUGUGUGGCUUCACCACCUCAUCAGCCUUUCUAGGUCCGGCAAUGGAGGUGUCAGGUCUCCCAUUAAAUCCCCAGUUCGCUCGCCCACCCAGAAGCGUUUAACAGUCAAAUUGCCUGGAAACAAACCAAAUGCCCCAUCUUCCAUGCUCACCCAAGAGGACCAAGAAAUGCUACGGGAUGUCAACUUUAGAAAAUUGACUCCAGGAAUCAGCAAAAGUCAGGAGUUUGACACGGCAAAAACGAGACCAUGCAAGCACAACAGGUUGAGCAAGAGCAAUAGUCAUUCUCCGACCAGCAGUAGUAAGAAAGAUUUCUUUUCAAUUAGAAGGCCGUCCAUGGUUCCCAUUAUCAACUUUGACAUUGACAAAUUAAAAGCCCUGGAUGUAAUCGAUAGAGUGGAUGAUCUUAGAAAACUAUGAUUCAAUAGUCAAAGAUGAACAGUAGAUUGGUGAGGCCAAUCCUGAUCGACAUGCUUGUGUUCCUAGUGUCAGAGGCCUGAAAUUUUAUUCAGAAAAAUGUCUGGCGGCAGCACUAAAAGAUAAAGUAUGAGCGGUGAAGGUGGGAUUUUGUAUGUAGAGAUAGGGAUGGUGAUCAUGGUUGAAUUGUAUUAUAAAGGGUGGUCGUUUGAUGUAGAAAGAAAGAAUUGGUGCAGCAUUACUUUCAUGCAAUGAAUUUUCUAAUAAUCAGAGCUCUAUAUA